GCUUUCAUGCCGUCAGUCUUGCGGACUCUGAGAUGGACGUCAGAUUUUAUCCAGCUCCCCCUGCAAGCGUGGGUUCAUGUACUGACUCCGGUUUGGACUAUUACCACUCCAACAAGAGCAGAUACGCAGCCGCAGAUCGAGGCGUGAGGCUCUACAGUUCCCUGCCCAUGCGCCCAAACCCCGACGGCAAGAGACUGCCCUCUACUGGGUUUGAUGGUGACAACAUGUACAUGAAUGAGAACAACCAUGAGUUCCUCGCCCCAAACCAGAGCUACUCAGGUCAGAGUGGCGGUGGCGGGGGAGGAGGUGGUGGCGGCGGCGGCGGAAACGGGGACGAGGACUACGAGAUCCCCCCCAUCACUCCACCGAACCACCCCGAGCCCCCUCUUCUUCACCUGAUGGAGCACGACUCUACAGGCUACCUCUGCCACUCGCUGCAACACAAUGGGCUCAUCAACCCGUAUUCCUACCCAGAGCUGAUGAUGUCCAACAUGCUGGCGCAGGACGGCCACCUCGUUUCCAGCCAAAUGCCCUCGAUGCAGGAGAUGGCUUUGCACCACCACCACCAACAGCAACACCGUCACCAGCACCCGGGCGGCGUUCAUUACAACCCGGCCCAUAACCACCCCCUGAUAAACAGCUCACCUCCGAUACUGUCCAACCCCAUGAGAGCCCUGUCCCAGCUGAACUCUCAGGUCAGCCGCAGUGCGCUGCCUCACGGCUCGCCCUCACCUCCCGGAAGUAAAUCGGCCACACCCUCCCCCUCGAGCUCCAAUCAGGAAGAGGAGACUGAUCCUCAUGUGAAGAUCACAGGCGAGAAGCGGCCAUCUUCAGAGAUGAUGAAGCCCAAACCCAAGCCCCAAAAAAAGAAGAAGAAGAAGGAUCCCAAUGAGCCCACCAAGCCUGUGUCCGCCUACGCUCUGUUCUUCAGAGACACCCAGGCAGCCAUUAAAGGACAGAAUCCCAACGCCACCUUCGGCGAUGUAUCCAAGAUAGUCGCCUCCAUGUGGGACGGACUGGGAGAGGAGCAGAAACAGAACUACAAGAGGAAAACAGAGGCUGCAAAGAAGGAGUACCUGAAAGCCCUGGCCGCCUACAGAGCCAGUCUGGUUUCCAAGACGUAUAACGACCAGGUGGAGUCCAAAGGUGGCCAAUCCAGCCAGGGCUCUCCCCACAUGAUGUCAGCCAACCCGCCCCUGUACAGCGUGCCACACCCCCCCCAGCCGUCGUCACCCUACCUGGGGCCCGGGGGCUUCCCCCUCACCGACCUGCAGAGCUACGCAGGACACGCCCCCCGCCACACCCUGUCGCAGACGCUCAGCCAAUCGCAGAUGCUGCCCAGCAUUAGUGCCUCUCCCCCUUCCUCCUUCCAGAUCAGCCCCCCCCUCCACCCCCACCAGCAGCUCUCCCUGCACCAGAGCUCGCUCCUCAGCCAGCCCCUCCGCAUGCAGCAGUCCCAGCCAAUCAGCGCUCACCAGAUGGGGCUGCAGGCCUCUCUCCACUCCCCCCCUCACGGGCAGCAGGGUUUCUCCCACCUCCAGUCAGAGUAUCAGAAGAGUAUUGGUGGUUCCCAGUCUCCAGGAGCCCCUGGUCCUGGUCCGGGCCCUGGGGGGCCGCAGGGCCACGACUGGGACGGUGAAUACUGCAAUCGGGAGUGUGGCAACCACUGCAGUGGCAGCAUGAUAGGCAGGGACAAGCCACUCUACCUCACCUGAAACUGAAGAUCUCUGUCAACAAAUACGACA